AUGUUCUUCAUUGCAGCAGCACCUCAGCUAGACUAUAGUCGAAAUGAGCAGCAACCCCAUGUUGUUGCCGGACGUCCGAUUACCCUAUGGUGUAUGGUUUCCGGAUAUCCAUUGCCAACAAUUCGAUGGAUCAAAGAUGGUUAUCUUGUACCAAUUAACGAAAAUAGUGGUAUACGAAUGAUUGAUAAUGGACAGGGAUUGGAAAUUCUGGAAGCCAAACGUGAGCAUGCCGGUGUUUGGACGUGUGAAGCGUCAAAUGCGGCUGGUAAAACAGACUACGAAUUAACAUUGGAUGUUUGGACACUUCCAACUGUGUUCAUACAUCCGGAGGAUAAUGUUCGACCAGUAGAUAGUGUCAUCACGAUACAAUGUCAAGCUACUGGUAAUCCAGAACCAUCGUUAUCAUGGAGCAAGGAUGGUCAACCAUUGAUCACUUCUGCAGAAGGUGCAAGAAUUUCAAUCAAAGGAACAAGACUGGAUAUUCCUCGUUUGAAACAAUCACAUGUGGGUGAAUAUACAUGCACUGCAGUGAAUGAAGUUGGUACAUCCUCCGCUACUGUACACAUCGAUGUUCUAGUGCCACCAAGAAUUAAUCGUGACAACAUUGAAAUGAGUCCACGAUUACCGACUUCUCAAACUUUGACAUUAAUUUGUGAUGCAUCUGGUAAACCAUUACCGCAAAUAUUUUGGUAUGUGAAUGAUACGAUGAUAAAAGAAACAACAUCGAAUGUGAUCAUCGGUGAAGGUGGUCGUUAUCUUCAGGUAAAAGAUGUUACACUGAAUGACAAUGGCGCAUACAAAUGUGUUGCAUCAAAUAUUGCUGGCAAAGAUGUCCUAUUAUAUACAGUUGCUAUAGUUCAAGCUCCAAAGAUAUUGAACGGUGGUAAUUACCAAGUUAUUGAGGGCGAAGAAGCCCGAAUUUCAUGCUAUGCGGACGGUGAACCACCACCAGUGGUCACAUGGCAACGAAAUGGAAUUCGGAUUGAAACUGGAAUGAGAUAUAUUACUGAAGAUAAGAUGCUACGAAUAACAGAUGCUCGAAGUUCGGAUUCCGGUUUGUACGUUUGCUUGGCAACGAACGAGGCUGGGACCGCUCAACAGGCAUUUACACUUGAAGUCUUCGUCGUUCCCCGUAUCAUCACAAUAUCCCCGAACGAAUCUUUGGUCCCCGUUGACAGCCCAUUCAGCCUGAAAUGCGGUGUGCGCGGUUUUCCACCACCAGAUAUUACAUGGUCAUUGAAUGAGCAGAUAAUCGGCAAAGACAAAGCAGAGUAUUCCAUCGCGGAAGAUGGUACUUUGUUUGUUGCAAAAGCGCCGAAACAAGCAAGGCUAACUUUUAAAUGUAUAGCAAAAAAUAAUGCUGGUUCAGAUAGCAAAGAAUAUGUCAUCAAAGUGAUAAGCCCACCAGUUCUGAGAGAAGAAGGUAUCAAGAUAAUCAAUGCAACAGAAGGUGAUCCAUCAUUGCUGAUCUGUGAAAUCGAGGGAGAAAUUUCUGAGAUUUACUGGUACAAGGACAAUGAACCGCUGGUGUUAAAGCCAAACUUGGAAUUAAGUCCGGAUCGAACACAGCUCAGAAUACAUCACUCUAAGCUGCAUGACGAAGGAAUGUACAGUUGCGUUGCCAUUAAUCCGGCUGGUAAUGCUACACAGAUACAACAACUUUAUGUUGGCGUUCCACCACGCAUAACUGAAAAGCCGCGGAGAAUUACUGUAAAGAGCGGUCAGCAAGCUGAAUUAUGGUGUGAAGCAGUCGGUAUACCAAAGCCACAUAUCACAUGGUUGAAGGAUGAUAAAGCAUUAUCUCAGACAGCUUUGGAUGAUUAUACGGAUGUGCUGAAAUCGACCGCCUUCUUUCCAAAUGUCUCAAGUCAGGAUGGUGGAGUUUACACAUGCAAAGCAGAGAACUGGGCUGGUACCAGUUAUAAGGAUGUCGAUUUAGUCGUUUUAAUUCCACCGGAAAUCCACCCAGAACGACUGAAUAUGACGGCAAACGUUGGUGAGACGAUAAUCUUGACAUGUAAUACAACAGGAGUGCCAGAACCUGCUGUAUCCUGGGUGAAAAUGCCAAAUAUUGACAUUAUCGGAAAUGAAAAGAAGUAUCAAAUCUAUGGAACAGCGUUGCAUAUCAGAAAUCUGAAACCGGAAGAUGAUGGUUUUUAUCAUUGUGUUGCAAAAAGUAAUGCUGGUCAAGCAAUCGGGUCAAGACGGCUUAUUGUUCAUGAUGCAAGGAAAGAUUAUAAAGUAAUUUGGGUGGAAUGCGAUGAAUUUGGACAGCCAAUCAAGACGACAUUUGUGCCCGCACGCGGUGAUGUCCCCGAAGGUGAUAACAAUUUAUUACCAUGGAAGCAAGAUCUACAGGAUCUUCCACAAAAUGGAACUGAUGGAAUACUGAUACGUUGUUUACCUGAAUCUCGUGGACCACGUCGUGCUGCACUAACUUUGCCCAGAUUCAUAAGAUCACCACGGACACAAAAAGUUCGACAAGGAGCUGUCGCUCAUCUUCACUGCAGCGCUAUUGGUCAGCCUAAGCCACAUAUUAUAUGGAUUCGUAACGGAGCUUUGUUAGCAGGUAUUUCGCAAUCAUCGGACAGUUAUUCGAUAUUGCGAGUGAAAGUCGAAAGUAAUGAAGAUUUGGGUGAUUAUACUUGCCUAGCACAGAAUGCUGUUGGUUUUGUUACCAGUAUUGCUACUUUAUUGCUAGAUCAAAUUGCAGAAAAGACAGACUUACUUGGAUAUCAGUGCUAUGCGACAAAUCGGAAACAAGCAAUUGAAAUAAGUUUCUUGGAAAUACAGGAUGCUGCACCACGUGUUCAGGUGUCGCCAAAACAAGUCUUUGUCAACCUGAAUGAAUCAGUGAUUCUAAGUUGUAAAUUGAUGUCCAAUCCGUUAACGACAAUGGUUCAAUGGACAAGAAAUGAUGUGAAAUUGGUGAAUAGUAGCAGAACAAGAGUGCUUGCCAAUAAUUCUCUCCAUAUCACAAAAUUAUUACCUUCUGAUCGUGCUAUAUUCAAAUGCGUAGCAUCAAACCGAUACGGGAAGUCAUAUGAUGAUGUAAAAGUGAUUGUCAGAACAGGUCUAGCUGGUGUGAUUAACAAAGUGAAAGGGGUCGUGGAUGGACGAAGGCUUAGGCGUGAAACAGUACUUGUAAGUGUAAAACCUGAAAUGGAAGCUAAUGUAGUUUCACUGAACGUCAACGGCAUAUUCAACGACCAAGGCGUUACAGCAGAAACAGUGCUUGGCUAUAUGGUGGUAGCUUCUCCACAGUUAGCUUUCAAUCCGAAUCAGGAGAAUUCACUUGCAAGUGUAGAAUUUCAUCGGGUGAUUGAUUAUCGCUUUGAAAGCGGUGAAACUAUGCGCGUUUAUCAAAAAGGAUUAGGCUUGGAUGGUGAAUAUGCGAAAUUUGAAAUAAUUUUCAAUGGAAGAGUGCCACAUUUUGACUGUGAGACUUACUCUUGGGUGGAUCAGGCGAAAGAGGAGAUGGUCGAACAAGAGCCAGGCAUGAUACGCGGCAAUGGAUUCGCAAUUCUACGUAUUGGGAAUCAAGCAAAUAUACCGUUCUAG